GUUUGUGCUGCGUCGUGAUUUCUACGAAGUAAAACAUGGAUGGCAAGCAGUCCGUGACUUUAUAGUCAAACAAUUCAUGCCUGCCGGUUCUGUUUGAACGUCGGAAACGUAGAAAAAUAAUAUUAAUAUAAUAGUUGUCCUGAUGGACGAUGCGUAAUUGCAAUGAAGAUUAGCGUGGAAGGAUUGAUUGUGUAUUUUCCGUAUGAUUACAUUUAUCCAGAACAAUAUGCAUACAUGUUGGAGCUCAAGCGAGGCCUGGAUGCAAAAGGCCAUUGUCUUUUGGAGAUGCCAUCGGGUACUGGAAAAACGAUUACUCUGUUAUCGUUAAUCGUUGCAUAUAUGUUGGAGUACCCAUUGCAGAUAACUAAAUUAAUUUAUUGUUCACGCACGGUGCCAGAAAUCGAGAAGGUUAUCGAGGAGUUAAAGAAACUUAUGGAUUAUUAUGAAAAAGAAACGGAAAGCCCAUUGAAGAUGGUUGGAUUAGUACUGAGUUCUCGGAAAAAUAUGUGUAUUCAUCCAGAGGUUAGCAGAGAAAGGGAUGGCAAAAUAGUCGAUGGUCGUUGCCAUUCAUUAACAGCAUCCUACGUUCGCGAUAGACAUAAUUAUGAUGAAAGUACACCAAUAUGUAAUUUUUACGAAGGCUUCGAUAUGGAAGGGCGUGAGCAAAUGAUGCCCCCUGGGAUAUACUCCAUUGAUGACAUAAAAGAAUAUGGAAAAGACCGAAAUUGGUGUCCAUACUUCUUAGCUAGGUUUACAAUUCUUCAUGCACAGAUUGUAGUCUACAGUUACCACUAUUUACUCGAUCCAAAAAUUGCUGAUACCGUGUCAAAAGAACUAAGUAAAAGCUCAGUUGUUAUUUUUGACGAAGCCCAUAACAUUGAUAAUGUUUGUAUCGAUUCAAUGAGUGUAAAAAUAAAUAGGAGAACUAUGGAGAAGAGCUGUGCAAACAUACAGCUUCUUGAGAAGACAGUAGCAGAAAUGAGAGAUGAUGAUGUAAAUAAACUGAAAGAAGAAUAUAAUAGAUUAGUCGAAGGACUCAGAGAUGCCCAAGUUGCAAGAGAAACGGAUGUGAUUUUAUCCAAUCCUAUAUUACCUGAUGAAGUUCUUGAGGAGGUAGUUCCUGGAAAUAUUAGAAAUGCAGAACAUUUUGUCGGUUUCUUGAAACGAUUUGUAGAAUACUUGAAAACGCGUUUGCGUGUCCAACAUGUCAUACAAGAGUCUCCUGCAGCAUUUUUGCGUGACGUUCAAGCAAAAGUUUGUAUUGAACGGAAACCUUUGCGUUUCUGUGCCGAAAGAUUAGCAUCGCUUUUACGUACCAUGGAAAUUACAGACUUAACAGAUUUUUCUCCCUUAAUACUUAUCACUCACCUUGCUACCUUAGUUUCCACUUAUACCAAAGGAUUUACGAUAAUUGUUGAGCCAUUUGACGAUAAAACGCCAACUGUUCUGAAUCCUGUGUUACACUUUAGUUGUUUGGAUUGCUCGAUAGCUAUGAAGCCCAUUUUUGACAGAUUUCAAUCGGUGAUCAUAACGUCAGGAACUCUGUCACCAUUAGAUAUGUAUCCAAAAAUAUUAGAUUUCCAUCCAGUUAUUAUGUCCUCUUUCACCAUGACAUUAGCAAGGCCUUGUCUACUUCCAAUGAUUGUUGCUAAAGGAAAUGAUCAGGUGGCUAUCUCAUCAAAGUACGAAACAAGAGAAGAUGUAGCUGUCAUUAGAAAUUACGGUCAACUUUUAGUCGAAUUCGCUGCCAUUGUACCCGAUGGUAUGGUCUGCUUUUUUACAUCAUAUUUAUACAUGGAAUCCGUUGUUGCUGCUUGGUAUGAUCAAGGAGUGGUCGAUCAACUGCAAAGACAUAAGUUAUUAUUUAUUGAAACGCAAGAUUCUGCAGAAACCAGUUUAGCAUUAAUCAAUUAUAUCAAAGCUUGUGAAAAUGGAAGAGGCGCUGUUCUCCUGUCAGUCGCAAGAGGAAAAGUUUCCGAAGGUGUUGAUUUCGAUCAUCAUUUAGGAAGAGCAGUUCUUAUGUUUGGAAUACCUUACGUAUACACUCAGUCUCGCAUCUUAAAGGCAAGAUUGGAAUAUUUGCGAGAUCAAUUUCAAAUAAGAGAAAAUGAUUUUUUGACAUUUGAUGCAAUGAGACAUGCCGCACAAUGUGUAGGUAGGGCUAUCAGGGGUAAAACUGAUUACGGUAUCAUGGUUUUUGCGGACAAGAGGUUCUCAAGGUCUGACAAACGAAGUAAGUUACCAAAAUGGAUUCAAGAACAUUUGUCUGACAAUUUAUGCAAUUUAUCGACCGAAGAAGCAGUGCAGAUAAGUAAAAGAUGGUUACGUCAAAUGGCACAGCCUUUUACGCGUGAAAAUCAACUAGGACUGUCAUUAUUAACGAGAGAACAGCUGGAAAAAGAAGAAGCGGGUAAAAUAGAACGAGAUGCUCAACAAAACUAAGAUGCAUGAAAUCAAAGUUAGCGAAACC